AUAAAAUGGUUGGUUAUUGUUUAGGUUUCGUUCCUUUUAAUCUGCAACUCCAUGCAGUGGCUGCAAUAAACUAGAAUCUGGGCUUGCAAAUAAAUCAUUGGGAUAAUGAUUAAACAGGACAAAAUGACACCAGUUUCAUCUAAAAAGAAAGAAAGGGGCAAAGCAGAUAGAGCGGUUGAAGAUUUCUCAACUCCUACCAAAACCGGCUAUAUAGAUAUCCUUCAAGAAAUUUAUGGAGACAAAUGGCUCACUCCUAAUAUACUUAAAAAUGAUAUUAUCAGACAAGAAAUAAAAAGCUCAAAAAAGAAACUUGAUUUGAAAUCUAUAGAAAGUGAUGUGAAGGAUAAUUCUUCUGAUGAUUUAUUUAAAAAUGAUCAUUUGUUAGAAUGCUCUGGUUCAGAUGAUAGUUUAAUUGCAAAUACAAAGAAGAAAUAUGACAAUAAUAUUUAUGUGAGUGAUAGUGGUUCAGAAGCUUCAAGUCUUGAUGAAUCUCCUACAAAUUUGGAAAACAUUUAUGGAACAAAUAAAUCUACAAUGAAACAAAUUAACACUGUUGAGAAAGUUACAAGUAGUGGUAGCUCAAGCGAAGAUUCUUCACAAAAUAGUAGAAAACUGAAAAAGAAACAGAAGUCAUUAGAUUCCUUUAUAGUGGUCUCUUCAGAAUCAUCCACAGAUACUGAUGAUGCAAAUACUCCUGCCUAUUACAAUCGAUUGAAUUCAUUGAUUCAAAAAUCUGUCCCGAAAGAAAAAUCAGGUUUUUCAAGCAAUGUAUUACGAAAUAAUUUUCGUAAGAAUGUUGUUAAAUAUUUUGACAGCUCAUCUAGUGCUGAUGAUGAAGAUGAUGAUGGUGAUAGAUUGGUAAAUGCAACUAUUUGUGCUGUGGAUGAUGAUGAGGAAAUUGAUUCUUUAUCUGAAAAUAUCAUUGAUAUAAAACUUUCUGAUAAUUACAAUUAUAAAAAGUACAAAGCCCAAAAGAAAAAUAGAGAAGAACUUACAUUCUUGGAAAGUCUAUCAGAAAAUGUUGAUAUAACUUUAUGCCAUAAAGAUGCAAUACCUUAUUUAAAGAAUUUCAAGAGAACUCGAGAAAAGCUCUCUCGAACAUUAUUUAAUUUAUACAAUGAACAGGUUUUUGAUAAUAAACUUUCUAGCAAUAUGGAUCUUAUUUGGUGCAAUUCUUUGAGGACAACAGGAGGUUUAUGUCAAUCAAAACGAAUAUACCAAAGUAAUGGAGUAUCUUAUGUAUGCUCAAUUAAGUUGAGCACAAAAGUUGUUGAUCGUCCUUGCAGGCUUAGGGACACCCUAAUCCAUGAGCUUUGUCAUGCUGCAAAUUUUGAAAUAGAUAAAAUUAGGGAUGCAAAACAUUCAUUAAAAUGGAAAUAUUGGACAAGGAAAGCUGAAAAAUGUUUUCCAGAAUUGCCACCAAUUAACACCACACAUAAUUAUAUUAUAGAAUAUAAUUUUGCUUAUCGAUGUUCAAAAUGCAGUAGAACCAUCUAUCGUCAUAAAAAUUCAUUUAAAGAAACUACUUGUUUUUGUGGAGGUCUUAUUAUAAGCCAGAGACGGCAAGCUGAUGGGACAUAUAAGGAUAUUGAGGAGAAGAGAACACCUUCAGAGUUUGCACGAUUUGUGAAAGAGAAUUACAAUAAAGUAAAUACACCAGAGAGAAAUCACAAAGACUGCAUGAAGGAAUUAUCUAAAUUGUAUUCUCAAAAGAAGCUCUCAUUUUAAUAUGAAAAUAAUUUAUAGGUGUAUUGUAAAUAGUAUUUUGUAAGUCUGUGACUAAUUCAAUCAGCAUUGAAUUUUAAUAAUUA